GCUUUGAGCCUGAGAUAGAGAGAGAGAGUAAUUCGCUCGCGGCUGCAUUAUCAAAACAAGUCGCAGGCAGUUGCACCACUAGUCGUCGUCUGCACGCCUUGGAGCCAGCUCGAGCUUUAUAACGCGGCCAGCACCACCAGCUUCGGUGUACGCGUCCGUACAGAUAUCAAUCAGAUCGAAGAAUCAGAGCUGCGGUGUCGCAGUCUCUCUUCGAAUCUCGCGUAUAACGCGUCGUGCGACAGAGCAGAAAAAAGCUCCCGUCAAAAAUUAAAAAAAAAAGCUCCUCGUGUGCCGCGCAGGGAUAGAGUGCACGAGACGAGUCCAUAAGGAUCAUCGUAGCAGCAGCACGCGCGACUUUGGCCCCUACGUGUGUGCGUGUGUGUGCGGUGCAGCGUGCCGAGCUUUCGUUACAACAACAACAACCACCACCACCACUACUAGCAAAAGCUCCAUAGCUCGUCGCUCCCUUCUUCUAUGCGCGGGCUUUGCGGGCUUUGCUGCUGAAUAAUUUCGCGCGUCGACUCGGUGUGUCCGAGUGUGUUUGUGUGUGUGUUCAUAGAGCAGUGAGUGCGCGCAUUCGUCUGUACUCGUGUGCGUUGUGUUUACGGUGUUGUGGGCGAGCGGAGCUACCCCGUAGAGGUAUACGUACAUCCCCCGCUCGGCUCCGUAUAUAUCCGUUCGUUUCGUCGCUGUGCGUGUGUGUGUGUGCGUGCAAACGCGACGCGAGUGAGGGUGUCGCGCACGCUACACACAGCUAUAGGCACGGCCAGUGGCAGCAGCAGCAGCAGAAAAGCCAGAGCAGCAGUCGCAAGGCAGUAGUAGCGGAGUAGCAGCAACGCGGGUGCGAGGGAGAGAUCGAUCGGUUCGCUCGCUCGCUCGCUCGCGCCAUUUUGUCUGUGUGUCUGUCUCUCGGCACAGUACCCUUCGGAGUGACUGAGCAAGAGAGAGAGGCCUUAUACAGAGGGCGAAGCGUCCGCCAAAGACGUACCAAAUAACAAAAAGGAUAAUAACGGUUGCAUACGCUGCAAGUUUAAAGACCAUCUCUCGCGAGGCGACCGACAGCCAGUAGUGGUGAAAGCUCACGCAAGUUUGUGUCUAUUACGAGUGCGCGUACAUAUAUAGAGGGUGCCUCGUCGCGAGGGAGCAGAGGUAUAUAGAUACAGAGUGUCGGUGUGAGUGCGUAUACAGCAGUGUGGGUGGUGGUGCAGAGAGAGAAGUGAGAUAGAGACAGAGAGAGUCGCGAGCUCAUUUCGGUCCAGUCCGCAAAGGCGCCAGGCUGGGAGGACGGCUGAGCGAGGUCGUGGGUCCCGUGGUGGAGGAAGCAGUCGAGCCGGGCGAUGCCUCGUCGAGCAGCAGCCCGACUAGGCUGACGGCCGGAUCCGGAGCGCCGCCAACGAGGGAGCAAGCCUCGGCGGCCAGCAGCAUCCUCGCCCUAGCAGCCGGCACUGUGCCCCGCGUGCAGCCCCCAGCCCCACCCAGAAUAACCAGCCUCAGCCCGGCGCGGCCACCCAAUAAUACCAGUGAACAACCCAUCGACCAAGAGGCCCUCGUAGCCACAGAACAUUUGUAUUCGUCGAACGAUUCGGAGCAGCAGCAGCAGCGGGACCCGAUACCUGAGAUGGGUACGGUUCUGUCGCUGAGCCCUCGGGACAGGCACGGCCACGGCUCGUCGUCGACCACCGCCACCACCAGCACCAGCGUCGUGCUGCAGCAGUCCCAGAGCUGCGGCACCAUCGCCAGCAGCGCCGGUCAGCAUCAUCAGCGGCCGACCAGCGUAGUCAGCAAUUACAGCAACUACGCCGAGCAGUUGAACAACGUCAAGAACAAGAGCGUCGCCGUGGCCGCCUGCGCCACCAGCGCGACGACCAUGACGAAUCAGACGGUGAGCGCCGCCGCGAAUCAGGCCAGCAUGACCGCGACGUCGGCGGCGGCGGUGCUAGGGGUGGCCACCACGACGACCUCCUCGUCGGCCACCGGCACCACGGCCCUCGUCACGACGACGACCACCACGACGACGACGCAGACGACCAAUAAUUCGUCCUCGCUGCAGAACAACAACAUCAACCUCAACAACAACGACAACGCGCGCAUCAUCUCCGAGAAGACGGCCCUCGAGAAGAAUCUCAAGAAGAACUCGUACAUCAUCGGGGCCCUCUCGUGGAAGAGGUUCAGCACAGUCAACAAUAACAAGAAGAAGCUCGACAAUAAGAACAAGAACGCCAAGUUCCGACAGCCGCUCGACAACAUUCCUAUUACCGAUAAGAACAAGAACAUCCAGACGCCCCAGGUGUCGAUGAUCGGGCCACCGAUGAACGCGUCCUUUUAUUCGUACCAGACGAAGGCGCCUAUUCUGAACAACAACAAUCAUCAACAGCAGCAGCAGCAUCACCAUCAUCCGCACCUGCAGCACUCGCACACGACGACGGGCGUGUCGCUCUGCAAUCAGGAGAACAAGCUGCUGCACAAUCAUCAUCAUCACCACCACCAUCAGCAGCAGCAGCAGCAGCAGCAUCAGUUGAGCAGCGGUGGCAAGCAUCAUCAUCAGCAGCAGCAGCAGCAGGCGCCGGCCUCGAGGAAGACGGUCAUACAGGCGUCGACGUCGGAGCUGCUCAAGUGCCUCGGCGUCUAUCUGCACGCCAAGUGCGUGAAGCUGCGCGACUUUCAGGCCGGCGACGCCGUCAUGUGGCUGAGGACGGUCGACCGCAGCCUGCUGCUGCAGGGCUGGCAGGACGUGGCGUUCAUCAAUCCGGCCAACGUCGUGUUCGUCUACAUGCUGGUGCGCGAGCUCGUCGACGGCAAGGAGGCGAGCGAGCGCGAGCUCCAGGCCACGGUGCUCACCUGCCUCUACCUGUCCUACAGCUACAUGGGCAACGAGAUCAGCUACCCGCUGAAGCCGUUCCUCGUCGAGGACAGCAAGGACAAGUUCUGGGACCGCUGCCUGCUGAUCGUCAAUCGGCUGAGCGCCAAGAUGCUGCGCAUCAACAGCGAGCCCGGCUACUUCACCGAGAUCUUCUCGGAGCUGAAGGGCUAUGGAACAACGGACCGUAGCAGCCUGGCGCCGCCUGUGAACGGCCUCGAGCGAAACCUCGUUGUCUCCGGGGUCGCAGUCCCAACCAAGGCAGCUUGACGGAGCUACA